AUGACUGAUACUUUUAGAAUUAUCUUACUUUUAACAACUUUGUUUGCUAUAGCUUUAGCUAAAGAUGAGGUUGCAUUAGCUAAAAAAGAAGUAGCUCUAGCCAGAGAUAAAGCUCAUGUAUACGGAACUUUCUAUUGUUCUAUCAAAACGCCGACUACGUGGAUCCCUAGUACUACACAUCUGAAGUUCUGGGACAAAGGACGCAUUUUUGACAACACUUUGAAGUAAGUUAGCUAAAAUAUUAGGUGCCGACAUAAAUAAACCGCCAUUUUUUUACUGGAAAUUACAGGAAAAGUAUAGCGGGUUCUUUAUGUCGGCACCUAAUAGUAAACACAGAACCCAGAGCCAUAAUCCAGUACCCUAGCCCAGAGCCCUAGCCCAGAGCCUUAGCCUAGAGCCUUAACCCAGAGCCCUAGCUCAGAACCAUAGCCCAGAGCCCUAGCCUAGAGCCCUCGCCCAAAGCCCUAGCCCGAAAGCCUUAACCUAAAGCCCUAAUCCAGAGUUCUAGCCUAACCCCUAGCCCAUCACUCUAGUCCAGAACCUUAAGCCCGAACCGUAGCCCAACGCCUUAACCCAGAGCCCUCGCCCAGAGCCCUAGCCUAGAUCCCUUGCCUAGAGCCCUAGCUCAGAGCCCUAGCCCAGAGUCUUAGCCCAGAGCCCUAGCCUGAACGUCUUAGCCCAGAGACUCAGCCCAGAGCCUUAGCCUAAACGUCUUAGCACAGAAGCUCAGUCCAGAGGCUCAGCUCAGAGCCCUAACCGAGAGCCCUAGCCUGAACGCCUUAGCUAAGACCCUUAGCCUGAGCACAUUGUCUCAAAGCCCUUUUCUGAAUGCCCUAGUUCAGAGCCCUCGCUUAACUUGGAAAUAUUUCAGAGAAUUCAACCUUAGCGACGACAAUCAAUACAUUGAUGAAAACUUCACAAACGGUAUUUAUGGUUUGAACUUGUACUUGACCAUAUACCACACUUGCACACAUGAUGGAACUAUUAUCAAAUCAAUUCAAAAGCUGCACAAAGAUGAAAAUAACCUUGGCAAAUUUGAUUUGUACAGAGCUACAUAA